CCUUGGCGGCGGCAGUCAACUGAAGAUCGCCGUAGCGGAUGACCUCCUCGUCGAUGACUUUUUGUCCUCCGAGAAAGUGAAGUGCGUCGUUAAGAAUGUCAGCAGAGUCUUCGAUGUCGCUCAUUGCCCCCGAUGAUGGUCGUAUUGGACGAGAAAACUCAAUCUGAUCAUUGAUGGAUUGAUGCGCAUCCAUGUUCUCAAACACCGUCCAGCCUGAAUUGGUGUCUCUGUUCUCCUCCACAGGCUCUGACCCUUGCAUCCUAUUCGCGUCGACAUGCGAUGACACUCUUCCCGCUGACUCGUUCAUCCACCUGCUGAACGACAAGUCUUCCAUGCCUGCUCCGCCCUCCCGGCCGCAAUGAUAACGGCGCAUACUAUCCGCCAGGGUGAGCUGGUGUCCGCGGAUAGCGACAACACGGUCUCCGGCCUUUGUCUAGACCAGACGGUUCUGCACAUCCAGUCGCCCACGCUUCCGACUACGUUUAUUCGGUGUCCGCCCGGUGAUACGACUGUUGUGGGGCUCAAACAUCCGUGGAUACAUCUCCAAGUCCGAGACCUGGGGCGAGAGUGGUCUCUUGAGUUGGGGGUGGCCGAUCGCGCUGGGACAGAAGGUGUCAUUCGUCUGUCGACGUUCAAGAAACAACCGACAUUGACCAUAUCCACGAAACACGCUCUGUUACACCUCCCACUGUCAUUUCCUGCGCUUUCGGACACCUCGCUUACGGCAUGGUCGACGAUAAACCUGCAUCUCCCAACGAUUUUCGGCGGAUUCCGUACGCUUGCACCCGGGACUGGGGGUGCGGAUGAUCAUAUCGCCAGGCACGCACCCAUGGGCCCAUUCUCGCAUUCCACUCAGAGAGGGCCCAGCCAACAGGCGCCGUGGGAAUUCGGGCUGUACGGAAAUGAGUAUCGAUGAGAGGGCAUGGAACAGAGAACGUGGAUCGGUAACUAAUCGUGGCUCUGUCGUGUGUACUUGUGGAACUGAGCCAGGAACGCCCGCCGGCGGUUCUCUCUCUUCCUGGGUCGAUCGCGCGACGCUAUUCCAGUGGUAUCUUCCUAGCCACCGGUCGAUCGCCAAGGCAGAUCAGAUGAAACUAGGGACGAGAGCCAAGUCUUGACUUCUGGAUCGACAUAGAGGGCCAUUCUUCCGCAAGAUCUCCAUGACCUUGGCCAGUGGCGAACAAGUAUCUCGAGAUUUCGCGCAUCUGAUACUUACGGACCGCGUUGAACAGCGAGGACAGUCGGAGGUUGUUUCAAGACUUGGAUCGCGAUUUAUCGCGCAGAGGACCGCGAGAGCACUGCGAUCGGUUUCUAUUGAGAAUUUACUCAGGACCAGCUGAAAAGACUCCGGGUGCGUCCAAUCUGCCCCGCCGCUAUACUAGUAGCAGUCUACUCAGGAGCGGGCUGUAAGCAAAUCGGCGAUGUCAAACCCAGCCCAGCUCCAAAUCGCCGGUCCCCUCUAUCUCGAGUUCUCGAAUGCGACGCCUGCGACGGAUGUCGCGGGGAACUCAUUCAAUGGCUUAGCGCCGAGUAGAUUAUUAUAAUCAGAUCAUAUCAACUUUCUCUCAUGCAAAGUUGUGAACUCUUUCAGCGAACUGCUCUAGUUCGAGUGUUUGAGAGGGAUUCAUGUCGGCUGAACUUCAGUUUCAAUACACGCCGAUCCGUCUCUUGCAUCGACCGCAUGCCUGCUUACGAGGGAUCGUCGCAGAACGUCGACCCUGCCUUGACCUACGGGUUCUCCCAGCCCAUGGCCCAGUGCUCCGGCGAGAUGUGAAAGAAGCAGCUUCUCUGAUAACAUGUAUCAGCGGUGCAGUCUGUACAUCAUUGGCCGAGAGAUCUUGAGGACCUGCAUCUGUCCACUGCAGUGAUACGCUCUGCAAAUCGCGUGUCUUCCCACAGAUCGACUGGAGAAUGGGCGGAUUUCCACCAUGGCCGGCAGAGGCCGAUGGUCCCAGAAAAUAGCACGGUGGAGCCAGGAUUUCGCCCCAGCGUGCCAUCGCGUUCCAUCUGGAAGCGCAUACGAGCUCGGUGGAUUUGCUGGCGCGAACGUAUCAUUGAUCCAUCCGACGCGGGGUGCGGCGGAAAAAGAGGAAUCCCAGAUUUCGCACAUUGGAAUCGAUCCACGGGGCAGCGAACCUCCGUCCGCGAUACAGUAUUUGUGGAGCCAUAAACGCGACAAAUUGCAACCGAGAACAAAUAGCGACCAACAACUAUCAGCAUGGUAUUUUCGCUGGACUGGGGAAAAUAUGCUCCUCGCCGUCGACGAUAUUCCUCGGCCCUGAUUGCGGAUCAGCGAUGUAUGAUGUUAGGACCGACUGAAAGGCCUUGAUGUUCGUAGGCCGUCG